AUGGUUACAAGCACCCUUGGGAAGUAUCACUUUUCGGAAGAUGAGCAACGCAUGGACGGAGGUGUUCGAGCAGGUGUUAGCCUGCUAACCACGUCUGCAGAGCAAAUGCUUGCGAACGCCUACACAGUCCGGGCCUGUGCUGUGAAGGUGGUGAACCGUACACAGUGGAAACUAAAAAGUGCUGCGAUCUUCAUCAAAGGUGGACAUUCGGUUACGGCUCAGCACGAUGUGUAUCCAGGGACGGCUGAAGCCUUUGUAGCUGAAAAGACCGAGGGAACAGCGACCAGCACUUACGGGACUGUGUCCUUUCAGGUGGAAGGGCUAGCCCGACCUCAGUACAUUAAUAUUAUGUGGUCGGUCCCAUUUCGUCGUUUCAUUAACUCGAACUGGCUCGGUGUUGAAGUCUCUCAACAGUACGGGAAAGAGGAUUUUAACCGUAUGUAUUAUAAGCCAAACAGCCAGAUGCAUUCGGCCACCCGUGAAUUUAGGGGUCAGUUGCAUCCAUUGACCGUGCAGACCAACGAAUUGAUUAUCACUGGUACCAUGGGGGACGGUGCGAAAUGUGAAGUCUGUAUUGACGUGUCGGAGGCUCAGGCAGUGGCAAUUGAUGAGGGUUGAGCUAACGUCAUCUGGCUAAUUGUGCAAAUGUUUGCCAAUACUCAGACACACACGUUUAUGGGUGUAAAUCGAGUGGGGUUUUUUUGUUCCUCUUUCCUUUCACUUUUGCCUUUUUACAGCAGCUCUCAUUGGUUUUGUACACGUUUUCCAACCGAGGAGUCCGCGAUUCGGUUUCUGUCCUCGAUUUACCGAUGUUGUUGCACGUGUGUGUCCUCGAUUUACACCAUAAAAACGCGCACCCAGACACCCAAGCGUGUAUUUGCCUGCAAUCGGGGACCCCCUAUUGUCCCUUUUUUUGUUUGUACUAACUUUCUAGGAAGACCUCCCAUAUGUUUGUACAAGAAUCCAAAUUGGGGACCUCUUGGGAAUUAGGGACCCUAUUGUCCUCUAUUGUUCAACGUCCCCUAUUGAAAGCAGAACUCCAGCAAACCUCACACAAAUAUACCUAUGGGGUAGACCCUUGUUUCCCUUCUUUUGGUUUCCUUUGUUCCUAUUGAAAUCUGAAACUCCAUAGAGAUUCUCUUAUGGGGCAAUUGUUCCAUUGUUUUUCCAUCCGGUGGAACACCAGGCUGGCUACGGACCUCACGAGUAGGCCUAGUCAAGCCUGUAUAUGCUGUUACAUGAAAAAAAAUGAAAUCAGUUACACCCAACAUAUUUUCUUGAUAGAUGAAAGUUUAAAUCCUGAAAGAUGUGUACUCUAUGCUCUUUGAACCCGCACAAAUGAACCCGCCCUGCGACAGCCGAUUAAUCGUUGGGUCGCAAAUAAGUAAACGUGGGUGGAUUUUUUUUUUUCGUUCGGUAACUUUUAAAAUAACAUGACACAAAAAGAUAUAUAUUUUUGACGGGUGAAACUUCGAUGUGAAAUAGUACCCAGGAAUGAAUCUUUAACAAUAUCAGAUCCAUUUAAAUAAUUUCAUAAUUUAUCUGUUGUUUAAAAGACAGAGAAACUGUCAUGGAACUCCCAAUGCUCACACAAUACAGAAAGCUCACA